AUGUCCGACUCGAAUCAAGCAUACAACAUCUGGGGCGUUGUGGCGAGCGUCUUGGGCACGCUCGGCCUUCUGUCUAUGGUCUGGGAUCUGUUCAAGAGUCAAAUGCCCACCCAAAAGCUACGACAGCUCGAGGAUGACCUGAGGACCACGUACCAGUUGCUCAACGAUAACGUCGAAGAGGGUCUGCUUGAUCCUGAAAGGUUUCGUCCUCGCAUGCGCAUCAUCAAGCAUCGCAUCGAUGACUUGCGUUCUCAUGUUUUUACUGCAGUGACUUGGCAGGAGGAGUUGCGCAACUGGAGGCGCGGCCUCUCCGCCCAGCUCAAUGUGCUCCUCCGUGAGGUAUACAAGAUUCGCGCUACCAUCGCUAAAAGUAGCUCGGAGGAGCGGAGGAAACUGAGUCGCUCUGAAGGGGACGGCGAACUAGUGCUGCGUGAUCAGGCGUUAGGAGGCGCGGAUAUCGCCGUUCCUGCUGCUGAGCAGGCACCCCCAGAGUCUACGAGCACGACGUCGUUCACCGACGUCCAGCAGCAAUCGCCUUCCCCAAGCCAUGACGGUCGCGUUCCGCCUCUCCAGCAGUCUUGUUCAACCUUGACGACCAGCACCGCGCCUUCUUGUAUCGACAACCUCUUCGAUGAUCCCCAUACCCUCAAGACGCUCCCUCGCGACCAUCCUGGAAACGACGCAGACGCAGAGGUUCGACCGCCCCGGGCGCUCGAUCGCCCUCGCGACCAGAAGGCGUGGAAGAAACGUCCCCCAUCACGACACGACGUGCUGCUACAAUUCGGCCGGCAGCUGAUGAAGCCCUCUUCCAUACACUCGCGUACCGCCAACUUCGACGUUCUUUCAUCCCCAAUCCCUAAACCUGGACGUAAAAAGCACGUCCUUCGCGUGGACAGCUUUGGAGACGGAGCUCGUCCUAAGGCCAAGCGUUCGAUGGUCGCGGUCAUCGUACUGCCGGGGCCAUAUACGGAGCUCUGCGACGAUUAUGAAGGAGAUGAUGAGAGCGACUGA